UGUGAAGAGACCUUCCAAACCCGACCGCAACCCGACUUCCAUUCCACUGCAUGUUGAGGCAGCCCGCUCUGGUCACGGUCAUCAUCAACCACUCCGGUACCCAACCGACCAGCGACCAGGGAUACAUUUUCGAACACCUACCUAAGACCCCGAGUGGCCCCCGAAUUUAAAUUACUUCUGUUGUUUUUACAUACCACCUACCUUUACCGGCCGCUGCAACAUGUCUUACGGAUACCCUGGUCAAGGUUACGGACCUGGCUCCGGUUCUGGGUCGGGCCACCAUCAACCCCCUCCCCAACAGUACGGGGGCGGCGGCUACGGGCAGGGCCAAUACGGGCAACCGCCGCCGCAGCAAGGUUACGGUCAAUACCCGCCUCCGCAACAGCAGCACCACCAGCAAUACCAGCAGCACGGGCAGCACCAGCAGCCGGGUUACGGUCACCCUCCCCCUCAGCAUCACCAGCAGCAGCAGCACCACCACCAGCGCCCCCCAGGCCCCCCGCCACAGGGCUAUGAUGCCUACGGCUACCCCAUCGCCCACGGGCCGGGAUACGGAGGCUCCGGUCCAUCCCGCGCCGCCCCGCCCCCGCCCUCGGGCAGCCAGGAGUUCGGCCACGGAGCGCCCCAGGGUUACACGUUCCAGUACUCCAACUGCACGGGUCGUCGCCGCGCCCUGCUGAUCGGCAUCAACUACUUUGGCCAGAACGGCGAGCUGCGCGGGUGCAUCAACGAUGUCAAGAACCUGUCGACCUAUCUGAUGGAGAACCACGGCUACAAGCGCGACGACAUGGUGAUGCUGACCGACGACCAGCAGAACCCGGUCCUACAGCCGACCAAGGAAAACAUCAUCCGCGCCAUGGGGUGGCUGGUGGGCGGUGCGCAGCCCAACGACGCCCUCUUCCUGCACUACUCGGGCCACGGCGGCCAGACCGAGGACCUGACCGGCGACGAGGACGACGGCUACGACGAGGUCAUCUACCCCGUCGACUUCAAGUCCGCCGGCCACAUCGUCGACGACGACAUCCAUGAGAUCGUCGUCAAGCCGCUGCAGCCCGGCGUGCGGCUGACGGCCAUCUUCGACAGCUGCCACUCGGCCUCGGUCAUGGACCUGCCGUACAUGUACAGCACCAAGGGCGUGCUCAAGGAGCCCAACCUCGCCAAGGAAGCCGGCCAGGGCCUGCUCGAAGCCGUCGGCCACUACGCGCGCGGCGACAUGGGCAGCGUCGCGAGCACCGUCUUCGGCCUGGCCAAGACGGCCUUCCGCGGCAACGACGCCUACGAGCAGACCAAGCGCACCAAGACGUCGCCCGCCGACGUGAUCAUGUGGAGCGGCAGCAAGGACGAUCAGACAUCCGCUGACGCGACCGUCGCCUCGCAAGCCACGGGCGCCAUGUCGUGGGCCUUCGUCUCGGCGCUCAAGCAGAACCCGCAGCAGAGCUACGUGCAGCUGCUCAACAGCAUCCGUGACGUGCUCGAGACCAAAUACACCCAGAAGCCGCAGCUGUCGUGCAGCCACCCGCUCGAUACCGAUCUGCUUUUUGUCAUGUGAGAUGGAGUCUCGGAUCGGACUCGACCCGUGGGUUGGGGCGUGGGUUGGGACGUGGGGUUGAGAUCGGUGCAUGUGCC